AUGGACGCAGUGAAAGACUGCAUCGAGUGCAUAAAUCCCCACUGGAUAGCGAUGGUCGGCGCAGGGAUGUACGCUCACAUCAGGCAAAUUUGUAUAAUAGGAUUGUGCUUUGAAAAUGAAAACCUCGCGCCUUUUCAACCGACCUAUGCUUCUCUCAUCUUUACAUUUUCCGUUCUGUCCCUACUCGCUGAGUUCAAACCCUGGCCUUCUUCACUCAAAGAACCACCGGUGCAAUUGUUGUAUAUUUAUGAGAUGCUCGUAGCAGCACUGGUGACAAAUUUAUCGACUCGUGCCGUCUGGAUGCCGAUGAUAAGUUCACUCUGGUGUCUCACCCAAGAAUCGAGCAAAUUCCUCUAUUGGAUCAACUCAUACGCCGGUCUUGACAGUUACUCCCCCGUAACCCAAGUGGCCUACUACCUGACGAAAGAAGACGCGGUCACUCACAUGAGUCUCUGCAUGUCGGUCCUCUCAUUCGUCUGGAUGCUAGACGCCACAGAGUCCCUCGAUGCCAUCCUCGAUAGCUGGGCCAAAGUGGAGGCUAAGGUGUCGAGGCUGUUUAGAAAGCGUCUGAGGAAACGGAGGAUCUGUUUCGAGGAUCCUGAGGUCACCGAUUGGUUCUUUUAUGAUGCCGCACGGCACUCCAUAUCACGGUCAUCUACGGACUCAUGA